UCUUCGGUCGGAAAUGAUGCUGAAAAUGAUGAUAAUGAAUCUGAUGAUUCUCUUGAUAUUAUCGAUCCAAAUGAAUUGGAUGAUGCUAUGCAAAAUGUUGGAGAUGAACAAGAAAAAGUAGAUGAUGAUGAUGAUGAAACAAACUAUGAUAUAAUUGAUAUAAAUCUUGAGUCUUGGAACCAUUCUUUUUCUGCUCUCGAAUAUGCAAUCAUAUUUGGGCAUGUUGAUGUUGUAAACCGCUUAAUUCAAGCCGGAGCUAAUGUUCGUCGACGUAUAAUAAUCAAGACUACAAAUUCGUAUCACGGACAAAUCAUUAGGAUUUAUUAUCCAUUAUGUCUUUGCCUUUUAACUAGGAAUGCACAGAAAGGUCUCGAAAUUGCAUCAAUUUUGAUAAAGAAUGGUGCACAUUCUUCUCAGCUCGAUUCUUACUAUAACACUAUAAUACAUUUUGCUGUAGAUGCUGGAAAAUUUGACUUUGUAAAAUUACUUUUGGACAUAGAUCCAAAAGCGACUAGAAUACUUAAUUUUCUUAAUUAUCGUCGACAAUCUCCAGUAACAAUUGCCGUGAAAAAUGGAAAUCGAGAAAUGUUGGAACUGCUAUUGAAACACGGUGCUCAUGCAUCCAUAACCUUGGAAGAUUUUAAUGAAUUUAUCAAAUAUCAAAAAUUACGUUACAAGUACGAAGAUAUAGAACAACCAGUACUAUUAUCUCUUGAAAAUGGCCUUUUACGCUUAUUGAUUGAAGCUGGUGUUCACGUAAAUUCUUUGGAUAACUCAAAAGAGACUUUGUUGGAUCGAGUGCUUGUACUUAUUAAUGACAAUGUUAAGAAUUUACCUGACUAUAUGAUUUCUGAUGCUAUUGAAAGACAACUUCAGGCUACAAAUAUUAAAUCAAUAGUUUCUUCUGAACUUAAGGAACAUCCUGUCGAUUCAUAUGUUGGAUUUUUACUUUCAAGAAUAGAUGAAUCGCAAAUGAAUGAUUCUAUUUUUAAAUUAACGGCUUUAAAUUCGAUUUGUGAUAAAAUUGAUGAAAAAGAAACGAAAAAUCGAGAAUUAUUGGAAAAAUUACGACAACUCGAUAAAUGCUUUGUAUAUUUAUAUGAACGUGGUGCACAAAUAAGUCUCGAAUUUGAAGUAAAUCAACAUGCUAUUUUGGGCAAAUUGGAAGAAUUAAAAACAAAAGAAGAUUUACUUGCUAAGAAGCGAAAACAUUUAGAAUUGAUGAAUACACAUAAACUACAAAAAACAACAGAAACCAACAUGCAGUUGAUGAAGGCUAUAUUAGAAACACAGAUUGAAAUAUUGAACCAAAUUGUUGAGCAUCAAAAUAAAUUCUUUGCACAAAGAUUACCAUCAAGUCAACAAAUAAUUAAUAUUUUGAAUGAAUCAUCAAAAGAUCUAAUAAAGGAUACAAAGAACCCAACUUCUGAUGAUAUCUAUAAAAAUAUUAUUUCUUUUAAAUAUCUAAAUUGGCACGUUGUACCAGAAUUCCUUUAUGAACAGUACACAAAUCUUUAUCAAGCUCUAUGGGAUAAUAAUACUGAGCUUGUUGAGUCACUAAGUGCAGAUCUUAUCAUUGCUGUUCAAGAUAAAACUGGCAUGACACCAUUUAUGUUGGCAUGUUAUAAAGGUUAUGAAAAUCUGGCGAUUCAAAUUUUAAAAAUAGCUGAACGACAAUAUCUACCAAAGGACUCAAAUGACCAAGAUCCUAAUGAGAAAAAACGCUUUAUUAGCAAUUAUGACAUUUUAGAAGCCGAUUCGGAUUAUUAUGAUUCCGAAGAUGAAGAUGGACCUGAGGUACCAGCAGAACCUGUUAUUGAUGAAGUGCAAGAUUCGAAACCAGCAGUUCAUAUUGAAAUUACUGCAUUACAAUUAUUACAACACUCAACCUACAAUUUAUCCGAAAAAUAUGAACUUUUGCAAAUGAAUUGUAAAAAACCAUUUUUUCAAGGAGCAUUUAAUGGACUUGCAUUGGCAGUAUUCAUGAAUCACGUCAAAGUUAUCAAAGAAGUAUUGAUAUGGGCUAAAACUUAUCAAAAAGUAAAAGAUGAUAAAGAAGACAUUACAGACUUGGUUAUGCAAUUAAUAAGAAAUACAAAUACAUAUGCACCUUUGACCACUUUUAAUUAUAAUAAUCUUAUGCAAUGCGCUAUAUUUAUUGAUAACGUUGAUGUAGUCGAUUUGCUAAUAGAAUUUGGAGCUGGUGGAAACUCAUUUGGAAUGUUUAAUAUCGAGCGAGAUGAAGAAAUUGAAGCCCUUAUAAAAAAAAUUAAACCAAUGACUUAUAUUGGAUUAAAUAUUAAUGGCAGAAAAAAGAGAUCAUGGAUUUCUCGACAUGAUCCUUAUAUUCUUCAGCAAGCAGUCGAUCCAUCCUUUCUUCACUUUGCAGCUUAUUAUGGUGCUACAAAAAUCAUCGAAUAUUUCUUAAGCUUACGACCAAUUGAAGCAUUACAGAGAUUCUCUUCAUUGCAUUGUAAAAAUUCUAAUAUUAAAAAUAUAUUGUUGACAAACGAAGAAAUCCUUAAAGUUGGUCGAGUUUUAUUUUGGUUUUAUUUACCCAAAGCAGAUACCCCAUUUCAUUGGGCCGUUAAAAUGAACAAACCAGAGUCAAUUAAAGAAUUAGCAAAUAUAUAUCAAAGUUUUAAAAAAGAUAAUGAUGAACCUCUUGAACAAAUAAUCAAUCAAGAAAGUUUUGAUCGUUAUGUAACACCAUUUCUUCUUGCCGUUAUUGAAGAUAAGUUUGAAUGCGCAGAAGCAUUGUUAGAAAUUGGAGCUGAUCCUUCUAUUCCCGAUGAUUUUGCAUGGACCGCAUUGCAUCAUGCUGCGUAUCAUGGUAAUUUGAAAAUGUUACGAUUUCUUUUUGAUAAAUUGGAUCGUAAUAUAACUCAAGAAAUGCUUGAAACACAAACUAUUGAUUACAAACACACACCAAUUUCAAUUGCUAUCCUUGAAGGACGAAAAGAUACAUUUCAAUUUUUACUUGAGAGAACAACCAAUACAUCUAUUGUUGACUUUGCUCACAACAAUUAUUUACAUCUUUCCGUUAAGGAGAGUUCUCUCGGAAUUACAAAAAUCUUGCUAUCGUUGGAAGAUCAUGAGAAAAAAUCAGGGGAAAAGUCAAAGGCUCUUAAUUAUCUUUGCUGUGAGAACACUUCAGGACACACUCCUGUUGACAUUGCUGUGAAUCAAUUUUUGAAAGAAACUCAUGAUAAUGAAAUCUUGUCUGAUGAAUACAUCAAGAAACCAAAAAAUGAAAGAUAUUUCUCAUAUAGAUCUUAUGGCAUGUCUUUACAGCGGUGUAUAUCAAGGCAAUCUAUUUCUCGCUGUUCAAAACAAGAAGAAAUAGAAUAUUUUCAACCAUUUGAAGUUUUUGACCUUUUGCAAAAAGUCAAUGAAAAUAUAAAUUCAGGAAAAGACCUUAUUUCAUUCAAGGAUGCUAAAGAUAUGAUCUAUAAGGGCAUAGAUAUAUGGCGUAACCAAACAAAUUAUUUUGUUGAAAAAGAAGUAUAUGCUGUUCCUGAAAUUAAAAUUAAUAUUUGUAACUUUAUUGAUGAUUACACUAAAUAUGUGUGGUAA